AUUUUUGAAAAUCAGGAAAAGCCGGUGUGAGUGCCUCUUGCUGCCGUCAUGGCCACCUUCGCCGUGGAGCCCCAGCCGCCUCCAACAGGAGCUGAACCAAUGAUGCUGGGUUCGCCUACUUCUCCAAAGCCAGGAGUGAAUGCACAGUUCUUACCUGGCUUUUUAAUGGGAGAUUUGCCAGCUCCAGUGACUCCGCAACCUCGAUCUUUCAGUGGCCCUUCUGUGGGGGUUAUGGAAAUGAGAUCUCCUUUAGUUGCAGGUGGAUCUCCACCUCAACCAGUUGUACCAUCUCAUAAAGAUAAAAGUGGUGCUCCACCAGUUAGAAGUAUCUAUGAUGAAAUUUCCAGCCCAGGACUUGGAUCAACACCUUUAUCUUCAAGAAGACAGCCCAACAUUUCAGUAAUGCAGAGUCCCUUGGUUGGAGUUAUGCCAGCUUCCCCAGGAACAGGUUCAGGAGUGUUCAGUCCAGCAAAUAUUGGUCAACCACGAAAGACUACUCUGUCUCCGGCUCAGUUGGAUCCCUUUUAUACUCAGGGGGAUUCCCUGACUUCAGAAGAUCACCUUGAUGAUACUUGGGUAACUGUAUUUGGGUUUCCUCAAGCAUCUGCUUCCUAUAUACUUCUUCAGUUUGCACAAUAUGGAAAUAUAUUAAAACAUGUGAUGUCUAACACAGGGAAUUGGAUGCAUAUUCGUUAUCAGUCCAAACUUCAGGCCCGGAAAGCCUUAAGCAAAGAUGGAAGGAUUUUUGGAGAGUCCAUCAUGAUUGGAGUAAAGCCUUGUAUAGAUAAAAGUGUUAUGGAAAGCUGGGAUAGAAGCACUAUAUCUUCUCCAGGAUCAGCCUUCACACCACCAAUCAAAACCUUAGGCACACCUGUACAGCCUUCAAGUACUCCUAGAAUUUCUACCAUGAGACCUCUUGCUACAGCUUAUAAAGCUUCUACUAGUGACUAUCAGGUUGUUUCUGACAGACAAACUCCAAGAAAAGAUGAAAGUCUUGUGUCUAAAGCAAUGGAAUAUAUGUUUGGUUGGUAGUAUUAUAGAAAAGAAUCCCCAUGAAGGUGUUACACUAAAACCUGAUUGGAGCUAGGAAUGCUCUACCUAUUUCCUUUUGGUUAGUUGUAUAACCACUUUUGACAGGAUUUGGACUCUACAUCAGACUUUUAAUGCCUUUUUUUUUUCUUUAGGAGUACAGCAUAUUUGUAGCUUGCACUUUAAAUGAUGGAUGUGACAUGAUUUUAAGAAACUUCAAACAUUUGUAAAUAGAAAGUUACAAUGCUUGGUGUGAUAGGUGCAUGCUUAGUCACAGAAAAGGCAUUGUUCACUGUAAGUUAUAUAACUGAGUUUGUGGUGAGGCUUUUUAAUUGUUUUCUCUGAAGGCAAUAGACUUCAUGAAGAAGGAAAACUAUGUACUCCUGCCAGGACAUAUGGUGUACUUCUACCAGGACACAUGGAAUAUAAUUGAACAGUUUGAAUUAUGGCCUCUUAAUUUGGAUACUAUUUAAUACUUUAUCGUUGCCUGCAUAUGCCCUGUCAUGAAUUGUCAUUCAGUGUGUUUCAGACAAGAAAUAGCCCUUUUUAAACCUUGUAUUCAUGUUUCCUAAUAAUAAACUUUACAAAUUAUGUAC